AUUCGUAACGAUUCAAAUCUUUUUCAUAACCCAGUCUUUUCGUGUCGCCACCCAGACCCGCAUAUAAAACCUGCAGCCGCAAGGCACGAGCAUCUCGCCUCUCACCCCCACACAGAGCCACCAAAAACAUCCUGCAACAAGCAGAGAGGGCGAGACAAAAACAUGUCGUGGACUACUCUAGUCAUCCCUCUCCUCGUCGCCGCCACCUCCAUCUGCUGCUUCCUCUCCGCCACCGCCGCGGCGUCCAACUCCACCUCGCCACGCCCCGGCCACCACCUCCUGGCCCAGCUCUCGCAAUGGCGGGGGCACUACCUGUCCGACGCGUCCUCCUCGCACACCGUCCUCGCGUGGGUCCUGUCCUUCCUGGCCGCGUCCGUGUCGAGCGCCGGCGGGGUCGGCGGCGGGUCGCUGUUCCUGCCCAUCCUGAACCUGGUGGCGGGCCUCACCCUGAAGCGCGCCACCACCUACUCCUCCUUCAUGGUCACCGGCGGCGCCGCGUCGAACGUGCUCUACAACCUGUGGCGCGCGCGGGGGCGCGGCCGGGCGGCGCUGAUCGACUACGACAUCGCGCUGCUGUUCCAGCCGUGCCUGCUACUGGGCGUCAGCAUCGGGGUGGUGUGCAACGUCAUGUUCCCGGAGUGGCUCAUCACCGCGCUCUUCUCGCUCUUCCUCGCCUUCUGCACCGCCAAGACGUGCCGCGCGGGGGCCAAGAUCUGGCGGUGCGAGAGCGCCGGCGCCGGCGCCCCCGCCGCCGCGCGCCACGGCCACAAGGUGCCCCUGCUGCUCGAUGUCGGCGGCCUCCCGCAGCCCAGCCAGGACGACGGGGGCCUGCAGGCAGCUCGCGAUGGCGGCUCCGGCGGCGGCGCGGGGUUCCCGUGGAAGGACGUGGCGGUGCUCGUCAUCGUCUGGCUCUGCUUCUUCCUGCUCCACGUCUUCAUCGGAGAUAAGCACGGGAAGGGAGUGAUCAGGAUAAAGCCCUGCGGAAUAGCGUACUGGCUCGCCACCGUGUCCCAGGUGCCUUUCGCUGUGGCUUUCACAGCCUAUAUCAUAUACGCAAAGAGGAAGAAGCAGGCUACGCAUCACCACGAAGAUGGCAAGGCACAUUCUUCUGUGCACACGAAGUCGGAGACCUUGCCGGCGCUCGCGCUCCCGCUGGCCGCUUUCGUGACCGGAUCUCUGAGCGGCCUCUUCGGCAUCGGCGGAGGGCUGCUUCUCAACCCCGUCCUCCUUCAGAUCGGGAUACCCCCGCAGACGGCGGCGGCGACGUCUUCGUUCAUGGUGCUGUUCUGCGCAUCGAUGUCCAUGGUCCAGUUCAUCCUGCUGGGCAUGGACGGGGUCGGGGAGGCGUCGGUCUACGCGGGGAUAUGCUUCGUCGCCUCGAUCGCCGGGGUGGUCUUGAUCGAGCGGGUCGUCAGGAAGUCCGGCCGGGUGUCGAUGAUCGUGUUCUUGGUCACCGCCAUCAUGGCGCUCAGCACCGUGAUCGUCACCUGCUUCGGAGCCCUAGAUGUCUGGACGCAGUACACCGGCGGAGCGUACAUGGGGUUCAAGCUGCCUUGCUGACCGACAUUCGUCAGUACGUAGUUUUAUACAUGCAUAUAUGAGAGCAUGGGUGAGAGGUGCCUAGUUGCUAAUUGCUUCUUCUGGCUUGGCGUCUAUGUCUUUUGUGAAGGAAGGUUUUGUUCGUGGUGUUGCUAUGGCUUGUUUAUGGGCUAUACAUAGAGUUGUGUGAAUAAAUAUCUGCUUCUGGAAUGAAGCUUACAUGA